AUGGGUUCCGAAGACGACGACAAGAAGCACAUGGAAAACCACCAGCACCAGUUUUCCCAUGACAACCACGAUGAUUGGGAGACUCAGCCUCCAUACAUGAGACCCGAUGAGGCUACUGAGAAGCGAGAGAACUUUGAGAAAAAGGUUCACGGUGCUCCUUUCCAAUGGGCAGCCAUCUUUAAGAAAACCGAUCUCGCAUUCGAAAACGGUGUCAAGAAUCUACGUUUCUACAAGACUUCAUCCGGCAAAAACGAGCACGUUCUUCCCUGCAAAGUGGGUUGUGCAGAGUGUGGAAGUUGGAUCAUGGACGAAGGUCGAAACAUGGUCCUUCUAUUCCCCACACUAUUGAACCUUGACACACCCCAGCUCCGCGAGAACUUCCAGCCUCAAUGCCACAUCUUUUACACUCAGAGAGUAGUUGACAUUCCCGAUGGAAAGGACAAGUGGACCAAACUCGACAAGGACAGUGAACUUAUGAAGGACGUGGGCUAA